AUGACCCCGCAGCCCCUCAAGAUCCGCGCUGACGUGGAGAUGACCUGCUUCGCCUACGACGGCAUCGAGAAGAUCAAGGCCGCCAUGCACGCCGCCGAGGGCGUGUCCACCGAGGAGUGCGCGGUCAAGAUGAAGCUCGUGGCCCCGCCGCUGUACGUGCUCACGACGCAGUCGCUCGACAAGGGGCGCGGCGUCGAGCUGCUGCAGGCGGCGUGCGACGCGUGCCGCGCGGCGGUGGAGGGCGCGAAGGGCAAGCUGGUGGUGAAGGAGGCACCGCGGGCGGUCAGCGAGCGGGACGACAGGCUCUUGGCGGAGAAGCUGGAGGCGCUGGAGGCGGCUAACAAGGAGGUGGAUGGGGACGCGGACCGCAGCAGCGAGGAGGAGGAGGAUGGGGGCAUGGGCGACUUCGAUGCAGAGGCCGGGCCGGCGACGAUCGAGGUGUGA